UUCCGUGGUGGGUGUUUGGUUCUGGGCGUAGAGGAGACGUGGCUGCGGGAGGAGCUGACUAGCCGAGUUGUUUUCAGGCCACUGCACGCUAGUACUGUUGCUGUGUUGCUGAAGAACUGGAUGACAGGGUUAGUCUGGAGCUCAAACUACAGGGUCGAAAUGAUCAUCCACGGUUAGUUUUAGUACUGAAAUGAGAACGUUUAAAAUGUCAGAUUAUCAAGAAUAAAAAUGCGAAAAGGCACUACACUUUAGUGCAGCUGCACCAAACUAAUCGAGAUUCCAGAUGGGAAUGCGAGGUCCUGCAAGUUUAACAGUUGGGGGAAAGGGUGGGAAACUGCCCUGUGCGAAUUCUGCUCAGGCCCAGGCUGGAGUGUGUUAGGACUGGAUCAGAAUGAAAGGACCGAGACUGGCGUUGUGUUUAAACCUGAGCGUGGCUGCCUUGCUGCUUCCUUUGACUUGGAGCCACAGAUCCAGUGCUAAGAAGAUGCCCCAGGCCGCGGUGGUGCAGGCUGCGGCCGGCACUCGCUGGUGGUGCGCCGAGGAGCUGCUGAGUUUCGGGGCGCUGUCGGAGCUCUUUGUAGGGGAGAGAGUUGACGCCUGGGUCUGCUCUCUCAUCGGCUCGGUGAUGGUCGGCCUUAGUGGCAUCUUUCCCCUCCUGGUCAUCCCCAUCGAGGCUGGGGCCGUCCUGAAAACCGAAGGGGGUUCCCAAAAGCUGAAGCAGCUGCUGAGUUUUGCGAUCGGUGGCCUGCUGGGUGACGUCUUCCUGCAUCUUCUGCCAGAGGCCUGGGCUUACUCCUGCAGCAGCAGUGGCACAGUUGGGAGCCACAGCCACCAGCAGCACAAGUCCAUGGGUCUCUGGGUGAUAGCAGGGCUGCUGACUUUCCUCGUCCUGGAGAAAAUGUUCCCUGACAGAGAGAGGGAGGAAGAGGAUGAAUCACCUAGCUGCACAGAAGCUGAUGCCAGAUUUCACAAUGGAGCCUGUGCUGGACAGAUAAUCACUCUGAAAGAUAAGACCAGACACUCCAAUGGUUACUGCAAUAACUCUGCAAAGAAGCCCAAGACAAUGUUACACCAGACUACAGAGAACAUAAAGACGAGCGGUUAUUUAAACCUCCUGGCCAACUGCAUUGAUAACUUCACACACGGACUGGCUGUGGGAGGCAGCUUUCUUGUCAGUAGAAAGGUCGGCUUUUUAACAACGCUGGCUAUUCUUCUUCAUGAAAUACCUCACGAGGUGGGGGACUUUGCCAUCCUGCUGAGAGCCGGGUUCGACCGGUGGAGCGCUGCCAAGAUGCAGCUCUCCACAGCAUUUGGGGGGGUGCUGGGAGCUGGCUUCGCAUUGUAUGCACAGUCCCCUAAAGGAGCAGAAGGCACAACCUCCUGGAUCUUGCCAUUCACUUCUGGAGGAUUCCUGUAUAUAGCUCUGGUCAAUGUAGUGCCUGAUCUUCUUGACGAGACCAAUCUUAGGCAGUCUGUCCUGCAAGUGCUGCUCAUGUGCAGCGGUAUUGCAGUCAUGGUCAUAAUGUCGGCAAUAAUUGAGUAAACUCUUCGGGAGCAGGGCCAUGUGACAAUCGGCUAGCUGGAAGAAGGACAAAAACAAUCGCCCAACAGACUGCUCAGGACCCUUCGGAAACAGCCGCCCGACAGACUGCUCAGGACCCUUCGGAAACAGCCGCCCGACAGACUGCUCAGGAC